AUGGAUUUUUCAAACAACAAUCUAUCUGGAAGCAUUCCUCCAUCAAUCUGUUCAUUACCAUAUCUCAAGUCGUUGCACUUGAGUAACAAUAAUUUAUCAGGAGAACUCCCAUUAUCCUUGAAGAGUUGUGUGAGUUUAGAUACUCUUGAUCUUGGACAGAAUGGAUUCAUUGGUCCAAUACCUACUUGGAUAGGAGAAAGUUUGUUGUCCUUGCAUAUCCUUCGCUUACGAUCAAACAAGCUUGUUGGAAAUAUUCCUCCUAAUCUAUCUAGGCUAAGUGCUCUUUAUAUCCUGGAUCUUGCUAAUAACAAUUUAUCAGGAACCAUUCCUUCGAGCUUUGGAAACUUCACUGCCAUGAAAGUGAUACGGGAGAGUCAUGUAUCCAUUUUAAGUUAUUAUAACUACAAUGAAAAUAUGGAAGUGACCAUGAAAGGAAGAGACAUGGACUAUAGCAUAUUCCUUUCACUUGUCAUCAUUAUGGACCUUUCAAACAAUAACUUAUCUGGAACGAUGCCAGAAGGACUGACCAGCCUUCUUGGACUAGUGAGCUUAAACUUGUCUGGGAAUCAUCUGAUAGGAGAGAUCACAGAAAAAAUUAGUGCAUUGCAACAGUUGGAAUCACUUGACUUAUCAAGAAACAAUCUUUAUAGUGGAAUUCCUUCAAGCAUGAUUGCGCUAACUUUUUUGAGUCACUUGAACUUAUCAUAUAACAACUUGUCAGGAAGAGUUCCAUCAGGUAAUCAAUUUCAGACCUUCAUCGACCCAUCUAUCUAUGCUGGUAAUCCUGGUCUUUGCGGAUUCCCAUUAGCUCAAAAGUGCAAAGAUGACAAGACAAAUCAAGGUCCAAAUGUUGUUGGAGGGGAUGAAGAAGGAUCUGAAAUCAGGUGGUUGUAUAUGAGCAUGGGGCUAGGAUUUGCAGUUGGUUUAUGGGCCGUUUUUGGUCCAUUAUUAUUCAACAGAAAAUGGAGAGAAGCCUAUUUUCGACUUAUAGAUCAAGUUUAUGAUAUGGUUUACGUGUUCUUGGCAGUGACUUUCAAUAGGUUUAAAGAGCACAAUGCUGCAACAUGA